AUAGAACCUCGACURGAAAACGACGGUGAAGGAAACAGAAACAGGUAGGAGAAUCUUGUUGCCAAAAAUAAGAAGCGAAUCGGUAUCCCGAACGGGGCAGCGCUAACARGAGUCGCAUCCAUGRCGAACGCAUCGGUAUCCGGCGGAAACACCGACAGGAWCAACGCGGCUAGCAUGUGGCAAUCGUUCCGGGAAAGCCUUUUUCAAACCAGCGACGCACAGCAAAGAAGCAACGAGAACGAAAAAUCAAACGGAAAAUCAAAACGAGUUGCGAAACAAGCAACACAAACACAAAGGCCCUCUCCCUCCUCGGACGGUUCCACGCUGCUGCACCUACAGCACUUUCUCCCUCCCAGCACCCUCGAGGAACUGGAAGCACAGGAACAAUCCCUGCCGGAUCGCUGGCUUGAUUUUUUUUGCAUUGUCGGAAUCGAUCCCGAUGGACCCCUCGUCGACGAAAAACCUCCCGUCCRGGGCAGAACGAAAGGAAGCGACCACCGCGGGAGCAACAGACCCGUCUUGCUGGAUCGGUAUCCGAGGGACGAGUAUGCCGACACGGAAUUUCCCGAGCACCUCCCCACGUUUUGCUUCCCGGACGGUGGAUGCCAUCCUCUGCGACACAAGAUCCGCCGCGACCACGGGUCCGCAACGGAAUCCCGARCCGUCGACAACAAUACGGCCGAAUCACCACCGGGACUGCUCCUUGAUUGUGUCGGGCAGGGAGCGGCUUCUGCUUCCGACUCACACACAACGGACACCACCGCCAAACACAAACACCCGAUCGUGCGCUACCACCACAACGUUCCGGAACCCUCUCUGUGCAGCAUGGUGCUAACGACCGGGGCCGGGAAUCGGUUGUAYUGUACCUCGCUGACCGUGUACGAAGUGAGAAAGGACAUCCCAAACCAGCCCGACAAACCGCAACGUGUUCCGAGCAACAAGAAAGACAACGAGCCCAAAGCCACGACUCCCGAAAUCGACCUGGACAAAAACUGGUGGGAAGAACCCUCGAUCGAUUCCAUGUCGAAGCACAUCGAAGAACAGAGAAAACGGCAAGGCGGAAGCAGCAGUAGCAGCGGCAGCAACAUUGCUAWCGAAACCGAGRCCAAUCAUACCGACGAAUACUAUUGGGUAGUCCCCAAGUGCCUGGUGAUGAUUUCCCACCACCCGUUCUUUCGGGCCCAGUCCCUGAUCCUCCGCGAAUUGUUCUACACGGUCCAGUCGGGGUCCUCACCGGUCCCCUUCGAGCGCUACGUUGCACACCUGGUAGACGACAUACCCAUGCCCCGCAGCGGUGUCGGCAGGUUUCCCAGAAGCAAGAACACCGUAGUGGAAUGGAGGUCCUGGCUCUACCCGGCCAACYGCGUUCGACCACCCRGAAACACCCCCCCAUUGCUCCGACUMRAGCGACCGCCACCGAACCGCUUGCCCCCGCUCGGCGGUGGCUCGGUGGAACCACUCUUUCGAACGCUGAGCCUCAGCAACGUCCUCGUCGUAUGGGCCACGCUGUUGAGCGAGGGCAAGGUCGUCCUGGCGUGCGAGAGCUCGUCSGCCGCCCUGCUGGCACCGAUCGCGGAGGCCCUUCUGGCGCUCUUGUUCCCGCUCCGGUGGCAGGGGAUCUACGUCCCGGUCCUGCCGAACCACGACRCGGUGGUGGACAUYCUGGAGGCCCCCGUGCCGUACCUCAUCGGCCUCGUGUCGCCGUCCACRCCACAAGAACGAACCCGCCUCCGCCACCCCAGCGGUGUCUUGUGGUGCGACCUGGACCACGAUUCCCUUCACCUGGGCUUCMAGGACGACCACCAGGCCUGCUUUCACGGAGGAGUUGCGGAMGAGGAAAUCCCGCUGCUGCCGGAACUCCCGGGAAAGGCUUCCAUGAGGCUCAAAACCGAACUCGAAGAAAUCGCCGAUCCGUGGUUCCUUCCCACGGUGGAGGGCAUCAAGGGCAGGAUCACCGUCGGGGAUGGGACCCUCGAACUGGACAAUUCGCUGCGACAGCCCUACUCCCAAAAGACGAGGGUCGGCUCCGGCGAUGCCCCCGCACCGACACCGCGCAAGUACAUCCUGACGCAGUCCUCCAAGAUUCCCCCGAGGGGGAAAGCCGUGCGGUACGAGGAYUUCGUUGCCGUGCCAACCAAGAAACCGAAGCGCRAGGGUGCCGUKGGAUCGACGUCGUUGUCCGGUACGCACAAAACCGACGAGGAAGAAGAUAGUUUGUGGUCGCAGCUAGAAGGCAUUCAAAUCCCUUGCGGAGAAGAUCCCGUCACAACAAACAACGCAACAACAACAACAACCAAAGAAGGAACAAAGGAGACCAUAGAUUCAGAGGGCAAUCAAAAGUCCAAUAGCGAGGGUUCCUCUACCACAAGGUCCAAUACAAACUCGAGGACAGACAGCGCAAUGCCUGCAAGCCACGAUUCUGGCUUCUUUCUCUCCCUCAAACGACAGAGCCGUUCCGUGCAGGCACACGUCGACCGAGCCAUGGCGGUCUUUGGCCAAGACUUUGCCACCCCUAGUUCCUACGCCCGCAGCCAACAGUUUGGGGAGGACGUCCUGGGCCAGCAGGACGAAAUCGCGGCCAAUUUCUUUUUCGGAGACGAGGAAACGAAAAGGAUCACCGAACGAGUACGGGAAUCCUUUCUGAGGUUCUUUUUGGUCACCUUUGAGAGGUACGACUUUUUCGUGGACCCGAAAACAAACAGACUGAACGCGGAYAGGUUUGUUAGGAGCCUCAAUCUUUCUGUUCCGCAGCAAGAAUAUGUGCGGAAGGUGGUUACUAGCCAGAUGUUYGAAAUUUUUCUGCACGACAAAGAUUCGAUCCAGCAUCGACGAUUGUUCGACGAGUAYGUUCUCAAAUACAAGAACGGAACAUUCGGUCUGAACACGAAUGACCAAGCGAACCCGAACAACCAACCAACGGCGUCUCGAACACCAUUGCUCGACUCRAGACAAUGGCAGAAGCCGAGAGCUAUCUCCCCGGUGCAACCSUGCUCGAUCGGGAUGCGAGAAGGCGUUGCCUAUUGUCGCGAUMGACGUUUUCCMGAUCGCUUGAACCCGAAAGAAUGCGUGACAAAGAAAACAGUGUCGUAUUGGAAGGUAUUUUUGGACAGUGCUCUUUGCCAUGUAUGUUCUAUUUGCGCCUAAAAUAAAAUAAAUUGCUACUGUUUUUGUUCAUGUUUUCGUUSAAGUUUUCGAUACGAAUCGUACGGAUCGAGAAAUGACGCGAUUCACAACCAAUAUAGAUGAUUAUUGACU